AUCACGAUGAAACUUACUGAUUUGUAUAUUGACAAAAAACAAAUCUAUUCUAGUCAAAUCUCCGAUAUCUACCUGGCCAAAGACGUAAAGACAAACACCACCGUAUGUCUUAAGAUUGUUGAUGUUGAUUUCAGCAUUCCUCCCCAUUCAAUCAAACGAGAAAUCCAACUAGUCAAACGCCUUUCACCACAUCCACGGAUCAUUGACUAUGUGGGUGGCUUACAAAUAGACGAUGACAUAAUCCUUGUGACAACACUCUACAAACACAAUCUUAGUGAACUCGUGAAACUUCCACGAUAUUGCAAGCGUACGACAAAGUUUGAUUUCACAAAUGGCACACAUGCAUACAUUGACAGGAAUAUCAUUGACGAGUCCGAUAUCAAACAAUGGCUCAAACAAAUGAGUUGUGGGUUGAAGUACAUUCACAACCUGGGGAUAAUCCAUCGCGAUAUCAAACCUAGCAAUAUCAUGUUUGUUAAUGAUGACAUUACCCAGCCAAUAAUUGGCGAUUUUGGCAUCAGUUACGAUGUAAACAAUGAUAUUAAUUCCGGCGAAUUGGCAACCGAGAAAUAUAUUGACGUGUGCACGGGGAUAUUCAAAUCCCCCGAGUUGUUACUAGGAAUUACUGAUUACUUGUAUGAAAUUGAUAUAUGGUCACUAGCAAUAAUACUCACUAUCCUUUAUUCACCUAAUUUUGAAUCAGUCUUGAUCAAACAAGAUGAGGAAUUGAGUAAUGAUGAAAUCGAAUGUGUGAUUUCUGAUUUGCAUUUGUUAAGUAACAUAUUCAAGACAUUUGGUACUCCAAGUGUCACUGAUGUAACUUCAGAAUUGUAUUGGGAAGAAUUGACUAGUAAAACAUCUCACUUUACCAAAUUCAAACUUAUAGAGCAUAAUAGACUUGAUGAUAGCCAGUUGAUACCACGUUGUGAGGAUAAAUCCAUUGGUUUCCUAUUUAGGAAAAUGACAAAGUACGAUCGAACAACAAGAGUCACCAGCGAGGAGAUAUAUUCCGAGUUAACUAAUCAGUAAAGAACUCGGGAAUUAAUUUAUAUGACUAGAAUAAGUAUGUUGCUAGCUGCAAAAAUAGUAAAUUUCCAAGGCGGUUUCAAAUGUAAUCAUGUGUUUCGCUAAGAUUUUAGAGUUGGCUAGUACUAAAAACAAAAAAAAAAGGUGAGACUGGUUAUAAUCUGUGCAGCUUGCGAAUCAUUACAUACAUUACAACCCCAAUUUGGAAAUUCAAGUUACCCCAUUUGCGCGCGGGCCGAGCAACGCAACACUCAUAAUCACAGUUUCUUUUUCAUUGAAACUAUAAAUAAUAUUUCUUUUAUUU